AUGGCUAUCCGCCAUCCGCCUAACCCCCGGAAAACCCACACACUUAUUACCCUCGAUCCUGCGACAAUGCCGCUCCCGCACCCGCUGCUGCUGCAGCGGCGUGGGCUUUGCGGGCGCGUGAAGUGCCUCAGGGCCGCGGCGGGCCGGCACGUACUGCCACCGGGGGAUGGAUCGAAUGAGGACGAGUUGGAAUGGUUGGAGGAGGAGGAGAUGGGGGGGGAGGAGUGCGGUGGUGGAGAGCGCGGUGGUGAGGUUCGUGGUAGUGCCGCCGGCGGAGAGUGCAUAGGGUGGGCUCUGAGAAUAUUUCCCGCCGGAGAACGGAGAUCCAAAUCUUGA